AUGGAUCGCAUUAGUGAAUUGUCUAACCACAUCUUGUCUGAUAUCCUAACAAUAUUAUCCACAGAAGAUUUGUUGAAAACCAGUAUACUAUCUAAAAGGUGGCACAAGCUUUGGACUUUAUGUAUAGAUCUCUACUUUGAUACCUCCAAUGUGCUUGGAAGCAACAACGAGGAAGAAUAUGCCCCUACCGUAAAACCCGGAUUUCACCUUACUAUGAAGAGGCAUCCUAUUGUAAUACUCGGAAAGAGACAACCUAUAAAACUCACUAUGAAGAGACGCGUCACUUUGGAUGAUGAAUUUGUAAAACGAGUAGAUCGAUUUGUCAAGAAUUUUCAGGGCACAAUUAUCAAGUCUUUCAUGGUGAACUUUUGUUUAGAUAAGGAACAAAGAAGAAGUAUUGAUCAAUGGAUAACUUUUGCAAUUGCAAGCAUUUUCGAUACCCGCGGCCUUGACACCGAUGACUUUUCUCCAUUCAAAAAUUUGAGAUCUCUAUCAUUGGAAGAAGUAAAAUUGGAUGGAACUUACCUUGGAAAUAUGAUAUCUAGUUGUCCAUGGCUUGAACAGCUUUGUUUAUUUUACUGUAAGUUCAGAUACAAAAUACUAAAGAUAAAAAGUUCAUCCUUAUGUCAUCUCAAGAUUAUAGGGUGCUAUACGGUAUCAUAUAGUAAUCACCAGUUGGAAGUAAACUUGAUUGAUUUGAAAUGCCUUAAACUCAAUUCAUUGGAGUACCAUGGAUAUAUAUUGCGUGGAUUGAAUACCGUGGCAGUUGAUACCCCUAUGCUCAAAAGCAUUGACUUCUCCAUUUCGUUCAAAAAAGGUCUUGGAUCAUUUGCUUUCUGUGCAACUAAAUUUCCCAAGCUUGAGAUUAUGCAUGUGGACAUAUAUUCUACGGUCGCAGCUCCAAAAAUAAUUCAACCAUUCAAACAUCUUAAAGAGUUGAAGCUCAAACUUUCCUUGAGUUGGAAAAUCUUAAAUGACGUGGAGUAUGAUCUUUUGUGGAUUUUAAACAUCCUUCAAGCAUCUCUUCUUUUGCAAAAACUUACGGUCAUGCUUGCAUAUCCACAGUUCCUUGAACAUAAAAAAGAUAUAAGAGAUGUUAAAACGUUCUCUCAUGACGAAGUUAAAAUUAUUGAAAUGGGAGGUUGUGUCGGCAAUUGGUUUGAAAUUGAGUUUGUUAUGAACGUUUUAAAGUAUGCCAAAAAACUUGAGCAAAUAGUUUUGGGUCCCUAUUGGAAUGAAGAGGACUCAAUGGAUUGGAACUCUGAUCCUACGUGGUUUAAAAGUGGGCGUGAAAGGAUUAAUGAAAAGUUUCGAGACGAAGAAGUAGUGGGGCGAGAAAAAGUUGUACUCAUAUAA